AUGGCAACACCCCCACCAGGCAACCCCAACCCACGCGCGAACAGCAGCAGCAAGCAGAACGAAGCACUGAGACUCAGACCAGAUGCACACUACCAGCCAAACUACCCCAUCUCAACCGUCAUGAACCAGGUCUCAUCCCAGAAUAUCACCCUCACUGCACUCAACGCCAUCCGCUCAUCAAUCCCCAUCAACCUCAAACCGCCCCCACUAUCCUCAUUCGUCAAACUACCCUACACCCAGCAGCACUCCGUACUCGCCCCAUCCAACAAGCGAUCGGCCCCCUCACCCAUCAAGCUCUCACGUCCCCCAGCCAUCCCACUCUCAGACUUCGACUCCUAUCUCGAACAGGUCCAGGUUCAAUACGAGCGCUGGCAGCAGACAAAUAUCCACUCAACUCAUCCCAUCGAUCAAACCAGCCAAUCACCCUCACAACCGCUCACCCUCCCCGCACUCUCCUCCGUCCCAGAUGUCUUCUUCGAUCAGAAAUUCUCCCUCAACGAUCCUCUCACAUUCGACCUGCUCACCCAACAACAGCCUCCUCAGUCAUCAACAAUACCAACCAGCCCCACCAAAUCAGAAACUCAUCCCAAGCCUAGCACAUCAUCUACCAAGCCUGAUCUGACCACCGACCACAUCCUGCUCGACAAACUGUCUCACUAUCUUGAUCUGGUCGAACUCCAUCUAGUCCAGGAAAUCAGCCUGCGCAGUUCAGACUUCUUCUCUGCCCUCGGCAACCUCCAAUCCCUACACGCACAGACUUCAUCCUCGGUGGCCCAGAUCGAAUCUCUCAAAAACCAACUCGAUCAACUCAAACUGACCGUCUCUGACAAAGCCUUACAAAUCAUCAGAUUUGGCAUCCGGCGUAGGAAUAUCACCAGCAUCGAACUAGCCCUCACCAAACUCAACGAUGUCUGGCAAACCGUACACGGAAUAGAGCAACUCAUCCAGAGUGGCGAGUGGCAAUCAGCACUGGGGCUCAUCCAAGAAUUAGAACAGCUAUGGCAUUCUUCCACUCUGCUUUCACCACCAUUGCCACUUAACCCUGUUGAUUCCAACACCCAGUCUUUCGCCCCAUCACCCGCUCGGCCGAUCAAGCUCCGGCUAAGCAAGAUCAAAGCCCUCGCAGCUCUCCCCAAACGCCUCUCGGUCUUUCGUAGCACGAUCUCGAAAGCCUUGGUGGCUGAAUUGAGCUCGAUUCUCUCUCAUGACCUCAAAACUCAUCUUGCGGAAUUCGCAAGUCAUCACCACCCAGAUCAACCGCGCAAAUCUCCUUCAUCCAGCCCCCUGGUGUCAGAUGGAUCACAAACGCAUGAUCAACUGAAAGGCCUGGCCCGAGAAAGACUGAAAGAACGGGUCCGCUCUACGCUUGAUGGACUGAUCAGGGCGGGCGGGAUAGACAAAGCUUUGGCUGCUUGGAGAGAAGGCGUGGUCAAACAAAUCAGAGAAAUCGUCAAGAACGCUCUAUCCGACGUGAUCGAGGGCGAUCUGGAUGAUAGGGAUGAUUCAUCUGAUAUUUCACAGUUCAGCUCAAAAGAAAAACGGAAUGCGCUGUCUGACAAGACAAUGAGUUUGGCCCGCAACCUCAAGGCUCUCAAACACGAUGCGUUUUUGAAGAUAGCUGAAACAACGUAUCGGGAUCUGCUAGGAUGCAUCGAACUGGUCGACACUCAAUCACAAGCACUACUCGAACUAACCGAAGAAUUCAAAGACCGAAGUAGCCCAGCAACGCACCCAGAAGAUCCACCUUCAGGGUCGAAUUCAGGGACUACAAAUAAUUCAUCCGAUCUGGAGCCGAUUGCUGAAGCCGAUCAAUCAAGCACGGUAUCGGUGAUCGAUGUCGAGGCAGUUACUCUAAAGCUGGUCGAAGUGGUUCAAGCAUCAGCCGAGCUAGCGAAUGCGCGGUUUGCGAAAGUGAUCGGCGUGAGAACGGAAGUGCAUGCCCAGCUGAGCUUUAGCGAAUUCUUCGGGAUCUUCGAUUCGAGCUGGCGAUUUGUGGUCGAAUGCGAGACGAUCAGUCGACGGAUGAUCAUCGCCCUCAGAGGGGUCAUGGUUAACCAGGCCAAGGCGUUCCUCCAAAGCUUCCACCAGGAGAAAAUCACACAAAGUGCGAGGAUCGUCGAGCAGGAACAAUGGAGCCCGGUCGAGGUGCCCCGCCAGAUCCAAGAGACUGUCAACUCGAUCAUUAGGAGUGCAAUGGAAGACCCAGCAUCACUGGUCAUCAAUCGGAACCAGUCCUCACCCCGGCUUGGUGAAGACAACGCUACUACUACUACUACUGGUGGUGGUCCAUCGUCCAAGAUGCUGGAGAUUGAAGGUACCCUCUAUCAUCCCGUUGGCGCUAGCUUGCAGACCAUGAAGACCAUUGCAGAGUACGUGCAGGUCGUCGUCAAUUGCUCGCUCUUGACAACCGACCUUAUGGGCAGGAUCAUCGAGUUCUUGAAGGCUUUUAACUCCAGGACUUGUCAGGUCGUCCUCGGCGCCGGGGCGAUCCGGUCGGCCGGGCUGAAAAACAUCACCGCCAAACAUCUCGCUCUUGCGUCACAGACGCUGUCGACGAUGAUCAGUCUGAUCCCAUACAUCCGCGAAUGUCUGCGCCGACAUCUGAACAUGAAACAAGCGGUGAUGCUCGUCGAUUUCGAUAAACUGAAGCGCGAUUACCAGGAGCAUCAGAACGAGGUGCAUGCGAAGCUGGUCUCGAUCAUGGCUGAACGACUCGCCGUCCAUCAACAGACGUUGCAGAACAUCGACUGGGAGAAGGCUGAUGAUAACAAGUCGACCGAGCAACCUCCCAAUCCUAAUCCGUAUCUCGAAAGCUUGCUUAAAGAAGUCGGCACUCUGCAUCGCGUCCUUGGUCGAUAUCUCUCAUCUUCCACUCUCCAGGACAUCUUAUCGCAAGUGUUCGGGGCCAUCCACGGCGUCCUGCACGACGAGUUUAGCCGCGUAGACCUGAAGUCUGUCGCGGCAAAACAGCGCGUGCUACGGGAUGCGCAACACUUCUCGACGAAGUUGGCCGAGUUGAACGCCUCUGACGCGUGUCAAGCCCAAGGAAAAGCUUUGGAAGCGCUUGUUCAGACGCGGUUUUUCGCGAACGAGACGGGGGGGGCGUCGACUAAGGAGAGUGGAAGUGAUGCGAAGAAGAGUCCCGAUGCCACUGAGUGCCCUCUCCCCCCCUCCCCCUUGACCGAACGAAGUACCAGCUUCCGCAAUAAGUUCAGGUUCCUAUCUCCCAGAGGACGCGCCGUCGAGCCCCCGCCGUCCUUGGUAUCCGAAGUCGUCAACGCUGCUGCCGCCAUCCCAUCGCCUGUCGCUGCUGACGACCAACCCCCGUCGGCCGGUGCGCUGUCUCCCGCGGGCACUGUAGUCGUGGACACCGAGGCUGAAGGAUCCGCUGCUACCCCCAUCGAUCCCGGCACGACUAUUUCUCCACAAGUUAUAUCGCCAGCACCAGAGAUGAAAGCAGAAGUAUCGACGACCGAGCCGCGCAAGAUCUCGCUCUCUGAACGGCUCGCGGCGCUCGCUUCUAGUCGCAGGGCGUCGGCAUCCGUAUCUUCCGAGGCUAACAACCCAGCCGUAAGGUCGCCCGUCGCUGUUCCUGAAGAAGAGGAAGGCCCGCCGGUAGAUCCGGCUGGGUCUGCAGGCGUUGCGGCGGCGGCUGAGGAUGACGCGGGGGCCGAUGCACUCGUCGAUACAUCCACCGAGAUACCCGCCGCCGCGGCUGCACCUCCAGAAGACCCACCCCUGGUUAACAACACAGAAUCCACAGAAAUGGCCCCCUCAGUAACGACGCCCGAGCCGCGCAAGAUCUCGCUCAGUGAACGGCUCGCUGCACUGGCGUCGAAGCAAGAAGAAGGGUCGCCGGUGGUUGACGCGGUGGGGUCUGUGGCCGUGCCGGCGGAGGCGGGGGAUGAGAAUGAUGCGGGCGCCGAUGCACCUGCCGAUGCACUCGUCGAGACAUCCACCAAGACACCGGCCGAUACACCCGGCGAGAAAACCGCCGACGCACCAGUCGAGACACCAGCCGAUGCACCAGCCGAUGCACCUGCCGAGACAUCCGCCGAGGCAUCCACCGAGAUAUCCACCGAGGCAUUCACCGAGGCAUCCACCGAGGCAUCCACCGAGACACCCGACGAAACAUCCGCCGAUGCACCCGUCGAGACAUCCACUGAGAUACCCGCCGAGAUAUCCGCCGAUGCACCUGCCGAGACAUCCACUGAGACACCCGCCGAGACAUCUACCGAUACCGCCGCUGCUGCUACUACACCUGAGGAAGUGUCGGCCCCAAAUGGUGGCACGGCUGCUCCAGAGAUGAACGCUCAGGCCUCGAACGAGCCCCGGAAGAUCCCGCUCAAUGAACGGCUGGCUGCGCUUACUUCUAAUCGCAGAGGAACCUGA